CAUUUUCAUGCAUCACGCUCAUUAUCCAGAAUUCACACUGGCUAGCCCCCAAUCUCCCACCCCCAACUCCAAUCCAUCCAGUAAGUCACCCCAGUCGUCAUGGAAACUCCAAAACACAUAGAUGAAACAAAGACCACCAAGAGGGGCACAAAAACCAGGAUGACGAGUGACCGUGCCCAGAGCCUCGGAAUCAUCGGCGGAAAACAAACCUUGGUUUCAAAUUCUGAAAUUCCUCUCUGAUAUGUCCGUCUCCAUGUUGAAAGUGUAAGAGAGGCAUUUGAAGUUUGCUUGUGUGCAGCUCUAGGAGGGAUCUGGGCUCCAUAGUGACACAGCUGUUACAGUUUUAAGGGAAUCCCUGUGUUCAGUGUCCAGCACGGAGUAUCUUGAAAGGCACAUUAAAGGAAUGUUGAAAUGGCCAACAAGGGGAAACGUUUUCAGCUUCUGUCAAAACUAUUUGUUCUGCUAAACUUUAUGACACUGCAGGUCCAUACCAUAGAAACAGUGAACCUCGUGGACUUCUGUGGGCAGACCAUCCGGAGAGAUGGGAUGAUCGUCAACUCUCACCGUGAGUCGCGCAAGUACUACUUUGUGACCAUGGGAACGGACUGCCACCUCACCAUGCAGGCCACCUCACCCAAGGACAAAGUGCAAUUCUACUUCCGCUUCUUCCUGGUGUACAGCUUGCUGCGGGUCAACCAGCCCACCACCCAACCACUGCCCACCCCCAGCAUGGCCCCUCUCUCUGCAAACACCACCAAGAGGCCUCCCACCUUGCCCACCCCAGCAGAGGAGGCCGCAGACCCCUGUAACCUUGGUUCUUAUGUGCAAUUCUACGACGGGAAAGACAGGAACGCGCAGCCUAUCGGCGCUCCUCUGUGUGGUAAAAGCCUCCCCAGGCCCAUUCUGUCCACCGGGAACUAUCUGACACUCAGGCUUGUGACACGGGGACAGCAACCAAGGGUGGACUUUGUGGGUGAUUUUACGUCAUUUAGACUAGGGUUUAACCAGUCCGAGUGCAGUGGCGAGCCCUAUUUCCCGUGCCACAAUGGGAAAUGCAUACCUAUGAGUCUGGUUUGUGAUGGUAAAGACCUAGAUAACUGUGGAGACGGCAGUGACCAGUCAUCUCUCCCGCCGGCUAAAUGCAAAGGUCCCUUCUCCACAGCCCCUGAUAAACUUGAUGCAACAACCAGAACCCCGCCCUCUUCUCCCUCCCACUUCCCUUCACCCACCAGCCAAACCUGCAGCACCCAGUCCCACGGCAACAUGCCCCAGCCCGAUUCCAUCACAGAUAAUAAGAGGCAUGUGUCUCUGCUGGCCCUCUACAUCGCUCUGGGGGUGAUCGGGGGCGUGGUGCUGCUCUUCUGGUGCUGUUGGUCUCCUGGCUGGUUCGUGUGGAGAGUGAGCGCAUGCCGACUCAUGCCCUGCUGUAAUUCCUUCUGCGCCUCCUGUCAGCUCUGCACGCAAAGCUGCUCACGCAAGGACCACCGCCUGGCCAAAGUAACACCACAGAGCACUGCCACCGUCGCCAUGUAACACCAGCAGGCCUUCUGCAGGAACAAGAACCCACACAAUACCUGUACCUCCAGGAGUGUAGUGCAGCAAACACUGACUACUGUUUUUAUGAAGCAAUACUAAUAAACUGGAAGCUUUGUCCUUCAAUUUGUUAAAGAAAUAAACAAUUACAAAUCAAAACUGUUAGAAUUGUAUUGUUCCAAACAGCUGAGAAGGCCUCUGAAAUGCAAAUGUAAACAAAUAACCAGUCUUGAAAUUGCCACUUACAUCUGAAGAAGAGUCUGAGGACUUGCAAUAGUGUCUGUAUACCACAAUUAAUCUUAAAAAAACAGUAUCAACUUUUCAAAUAAAUUAUUAACUAAUCAUUAUUAAUUUAAUAUUCCAUUUGCUAUACAGGUCUCAAGAAUGUGCAGUUUAGAAAGCAAACACACAUUUUCAUUUUUAAACAUAUAUGUGAUAUCUGUUUGACUAAGCAAACUUUCUUUAACCUUUGUACCAGAUACAUUUAAAAAAAGCAGGUCUGCUGUAUUUCAACCUCACAUUUGAGACCUAUAUAUUGAAUGGAAUUGUUUGGCAAGCUUCCAUCACUGUAACUGCAAUUAAGAACAGGCCAUAAUCAAAGCCUGACAUAGUAAAUUUAAACUUUGUUGGUGUGUGUUUUCCUUUAAGUUUUGCAAGUUACAAUUUGAAGUAUAAAAAAAACCUCGAGGGGGUGCUCCCGAGUGGUGCAUCCGGUAAAGGUGCUCCGCGUGGAGUGCAGGAUGCGCCCUAUAGCCUGGUGGUCGCCGGUUCAAGUCCAGGCUAUUCCACUGCCGACCGUGGACGGUAGCUCCCAGGGGGCGGCGCACAAUUGGCCAAGCGCCGCCUGGGGAGGAGGGCUUAUGUCGGUCAGUGUGUCCUCCGCCCACCGCGCACCAGUGACACCUGUACACUGGCCAGGUGGCUGCGGGCUUGCCUGUAAGCUGCCCAGAACUGCGUUGUCCUCCGACACUAUAGCUCUGGGUUUGUUGCAUGGCAGGCCUGUAGAGUGAAACAAAAGCAGGUCGGCUGAUGGCACAUGCUGUGUUCGUCUUCGCCGCUCCCAAGUCAGCACAGGGGUGGUAGUGGUGAGCUGAACUUAAAAUACAAUUGGAUAUGACAAAUUGGCGACUACUAAAUUAAAAAAAAAACAAAAAAAACCUUCGAGUCUUGUUCCCAGGAUGUUUUAUGGCAUAAUGAUUUCCAUUACACGAGAGUAGAUGUUAAAACUUCAUGCUGAUUUGAACUCGGCUCUCGCCAAGAUAAGCACCAACUAAGACGUAGCUUUACAGUAAACUAAUAUGAUCCAUAUGCGUCUCCAUCCAUUUACGUUUCCUUCCAUAUGAUGAUGUAGAUAUCCUUCUGUCUGGUGUUAAUGGCUGAAGUGUAAUGCUGGCUCCAGGGAUCAGCUUAUUUUGCCUCCCUGGCGCAUCAGCACACACAACGGCUGCGAUGCUGGCUCCGGGGAUCAACCAAGUGCGGCCUCCCCAGCGCAUCAGCAUGACAACCGUCUGGAUUGAGCUAAGUAGGGUACAUCUCUGGGGUUUUCAAGUGGGCACCUUCCAUCCUCAGUGUUUCGUCGACUAGCCCACGACACCUCAA